AUGUGGAUCAAUUUCUUCAAAUAUCUUGUAAAAGUUUCGAUGUUUAUUGGGUUGGUGAUUUUUUGUUUUAUAUUAUACCUUCGUGGUGCUCGUUUCUUCUUACAAGAUAUCCCCUUCUGGACACUGUACCUCUUUGAACAGAAAUAUAAAUUUACUAGUGAUGCAUUCCAUGAUUUUGCACUGGAUCCAUCUGAUUUCCUUGACUCAGCCAUGAGAUGGGGUUAUUCCGCUUAUAAUAAUGGUGGGUUUAGAAUCCCAUUUGGAAUCUCAGACAUUUUCAACUUUAUGGGACCAAAAACUGGGCAUUUUAAAGUAAAUUUAGGUGAUAAUCAAUAUGGAUUUGAAGUAAAUGAAGAAGCCUUUGAACACAUUCGAGAUUCUUUUGAUCCAGAUCAAGUUAAAGAUUUUGUAUCUGGCGGGCUUAAUCAAGUAGAUGAUCUUUUAAAGGGUAAUGGGAUUGAUAUGAAUGAUAUUUUCCAUAAAUAUAUGAAUAAUUAA